AUGAACCCAGGUUCAGGCCCUCCCCCUCGGAGUGGGGCGUUUAAUUGUGAUCCCCCAGACCAGAACCUGCUCCAAACCCGCCUCGGCGCCUGCACACUGGACCUUCAGCUGGUGUUGGGUGUGUGUCCCGCUCCUCGAGACGUUUGGCUGUUUUGCUGGCUCGUUGUGCAGCCGUCCAUCAUGCAGGUGUCUGCGGCCCUCCUGCUGCUGCUGCAGGGAUGCUGCACGGCCGUCAGGGGGUGGAAGGGGCUGCGGAACAGCGCCACGGAGCUUUUACCGGACUUGAACAGAGACAGCCCCCGGGGAGACCCGCAGGUUCUGCAGAGCCCGAACGGCCAGAACCACACGGUGGAGAACAGGGCGAAAAACGGAGGCAGAGCUUCCAACACCGUUUCUUACAGCGCCUCGGAGAUGAGCUGCAGGGAGCUGCGUUCCACCCGUUACAUCACCGACGGGUCCUGUCGCAGCGCCAAGCCCGUCAGAGAGCUGGUCUGCUCGGGUCAGUGCCUCCCCACCCACCUCAUGCCCAACUCCAUCGUCCGCGGGAAGUGGUGGAGGAGCAGCGCCACGGACUACCGCUGCAUCCCGGCGCACUCCCGGACUCGCCGGGUCCAGCUGCAAUGUCCGAACGGCAACACUCGGACUUACAAAAUCCGCGUGGUCACCUCUUGCAAGUGCAAGCGUUUCAGGCCCCACCACAACCUGUCAGUGGCCAAGGAGGUGCCGAGGAGGCAACCCAACAAGAAGCACAGCCGUUCGCAGCAGGAUCGGAGCAAGAACAACACGCCGCUGAUGGGCAACUCAUACUGAGGCGUCCCGAAAGUAUGCGGGGACAGAGACCAAAGCACACUCAUACUCAUGUUACCAAAAAGCCAACAUAUCUCCUUCACACAGCGAGGGGAUGCAAGAGAAAAUUCAGAGAUACAUAAGCUAAUCACCAGGCUGAGUCAUCAGCCUACUUAUCGUUAGCAUACUUGUUUGCUUUUCUGCAUGAACAAUGAGUCGGCGCCAGCUUGGACUUGCAACGACUGAUCAGGAGGUGUCAAAUAAUACCGUAAAAGUAUCUCAUCACCCCCAAACUGCCCCAAAUCUCCCAGGACUCGGUUGAGACUUCCUCUCGAAGACAUAAGAGAUCCUCCCUGAAACUUCCACACACCCCCGAACUGCUCAGUUUAAAUUGUGUAAAGGUGCAUCUUCUCUCCAGAGAAGAUACAAGAUAAUCCAUCUCCUUGAAGGGAGACAGCAACAGAUCUGAGGUCUCCUCCUACAACUUGACACAAAGAGUCAGAUAAGACGGAAAAAUGAAGUUUUAUCUGCAGUGACACCGGGUUACUGGGUUUUCCUUCGAGUCCCCAUAAUUUGCCCAUUCCUGUUUUAGGAUCGGAGUCACGUGAAGCCGUUUCCUCCAGAUUUAGCCAGUUCCUGUUCGCUGGAAUCACACAGAAAGAAAGUGGGUACCUAAGGGCUGGAAGCUCUCCUUCACAGCCAGAGCAGCGAUCGAGCCAUCCGCAGGCAAAAUCCACCCGCAGGACCGAAGAAACCUCCGCUCUGCUUUCUGUAAAUAGCACAGACAGGAAAAAUAGACCAACUGGAAACAAUCAUCCAGUUUUAUCAUUGUAAAGGUUGGUGGAGUCCGGUGAGGAAGCAGAGAUUCCUCGGCCUGUCACGAUAGGCGACACAACCACCUAUCUGCAGCAAAACGGACUGAACUUUACGCAGUGUAUUCCCAAUGUUUCCGCAUGUUGCCAGAUGUUUUUUCCUGCUCAUAUUGCUUCAAUUGUUUGCUUCUUUUUUGACACCCACCCUUCCCCCACCCCCCAAAAAAAAGCAACUGGAAGGGGUUCGACAUGUACUGUAAGCUGAGAGCUGCAGCAGCCUUGUUGAAGAGAAACUGGGAUCCACAGAGAUACAAAGAAGGACUCUUUUCAAAGAAUGAACUGCAUAUUUAUUUUUUAUUUCUACAUUUAAAUUAUUUAUGCAACCUUUUGUAGUAAAUGAUAUCCAUAAUUGUCAUUUAGUGUGAUAGAGAAAAUGAAAACUGUACAGUACAUGAAUAAAGUAAAG